UCGUAAAAUGUCGACAAAAGUAGCCGUAGUGACGGGAGCGAACAAAGGUAUCGGGUUCGCGAUAGUGCGCGGGCUGUGCAAGCGGUUCGAGGGUGCUGUGUACCUGACCUCGCGCAGCGCGGAACGAGGCGCCGCGGCUGUGGCGGCACUGGAGCGCGAGGGUCUGCGCCCUCGCUACCACCAGCUCGACAUAACCGACACACUCAGCCUCGAGACUUUUAGAGACCACAUCAAGAAGAAUUAUGACGGAAUCGACAUACUGAUUAAUAAUGCUGGCAUUUUGUUUAAGAGCAGCUCUAAGGAACCGCUGUCGGUUCAGGCUGAACAAACAUUAUUCGUAAACUACUUUUCUCUGGUAUCUUCAUGUGAUAUACUCUUUCCGAUACUUAAAAAUGGUGCGAGAGUUAUUAACAUCUCCAGUUCUUUUGGUCAUUUGAGCAACAUUCCCAGCGUAGAAUUGCGGAAUCGUCUUAAAGAUGAGAAUUUGACUGUUGCGGAGCUGUCGGUUCUGAUGCGGCAGUAUGUAGAUGCUGUGAAGCAAGGAACCCAGGCUGCGGAGUGGGGGAAUUCCUCGUAUGCUGUGUCCAAAGUGGGCGUGACCGCGCUGACCAAUAUUCAACAGAGAAUACUGAAUAGUAGAGAUAUAAAAGUGAACUCCGUAUAUCCUGGCUACGUAGCUACGGACAUGUCAUCAUUUGAGGGUCCCCUGACACCAGAUGAAGGCGCGGCAGCACCGCUGUACCUGGCACUGGAUGCACCAGACACUAUCAAAGGAAAAUAUGUCUGGUACACUAAGGAAAUCGUCAACUGGGAUGGCAUUAUGCCUGAGGAUUAGGAGGAGGAGGAUUUUGUGAUGAUUACACACAUAUUAAUACCUAAUUAAAUAAAUAAAUAAACUAACAAAAAUAAACUGUUGUGGAUCUUUCCUCAAAAGACCACUACAAAAUUAACUUGCACGAUUUUCCCACAUGAUAGAUUCUAUCUGGACUUUAAAAGAGACAAUGACCUCCGAGUUUGUUUCGGCGAUUCAUCUCAGAGUAGUCAGUUAGGAGAUGUUGGUUCUCAUCUAGUAAUUUAAACAUUGACGUGUAACAGUGACGUGUUACUUUGUAACCUAUUUGCAGAAAUAAAUAACAUUUCAUU